AUGAGGUGGUGGCUGGUGCUGCUGGCGCUGUGGCCCGUGCUGGGCGCCGCGGGCGGGAAGAGGCCUGUCCUGCCGAGCAUCACGGACAAGGCCUUCAUCGAGGAGUGCGUGCGCGGCCACAACGACUGCCGUGCCAAGGUCUCUCCGGCCGCCAGCAACAUGCGCUACAUGACUUGGGAUGCAGCCUUGGCGAGGACUGCCAGAGCAUGGGCAAAUAAAUGCCGUUUUCAACAUAAUACUCGCUUACGGGAGAAAUACCAGUGCCAUCCUAAUUUUACAUCUAUUGGAGAGAAUAUUUGGCUCGGAAGUCAUCAGAUGUUCACUGUCGUUGGUGCCAUUGCAACAUGGUAUAAUGAGGUCAGAUUCUAUACUUUUGACACACGCAAAUGUACAAAAGUUUGCGGUCAUUACACUCAGGUUGUUUGGGACCGUUCCUAUAAAGUAGGCUGUGCUGUUGCUUUUUGUAAGAAAGUUGGAGCAUUCAAAAAUGCAGCACUUUUUGUAUGUAACUAUGCACCAGGAUCCGUAACUGAAGAAGAGAGACAUUCUGCUGCUAGGACCACCAGUAUGUGA